GUUAAUACAGACAAACGUUACAUGGUUUACUUAAUAAGGGCACCAAUUUCGCCGAAAAACUACGACUCUUGGCUGUGUGGUGGGGCUUUAGUCAGCGAACGUUUCAUCAUAACCUCAGCGGCGUGUGUUCGGGAUGUGCAGCACCUGUACGCUAUAGCGGGGUACAGAAAAUAUGUUUCCGAUGAGCAGAUCAAUACGGAUCCGUGUACUACAAAAAAAAAGAAGAAAGUUGUAUAUACCAGCACGCCCAAAUCCUAUACGUUUGUGGAAACAAAAUUGGAAGCAUGGUCAGACAUAGACAUAGCCCUGGCUGAAGUCGAAUCACCUUAUGACUUUAAUGACAGUUCAUUUGAAGUUCUAUGCUCCUACAUACCAGCUCCAAUACUCAUUAAUUAUGAGGCAAAGUACCAAAUCCCUGGAACUGAUGCAAUAGCCUUGGGAUGGGGCCAUUCAUCAAUAUGGCGCAAGCCAGGCGAUGAAAUAAACUACAACCAACAAGAACUUCAUUAUGCUUCAAUACUUCUAGAAGACAAGGAAGUAUGUAAGCGUUAUUACAGUCACUUCAAAAAUAUGUCUGAAGUUAUAGAUAAGUAUAUGAUUUGCUCUCUCGGUAAAGGAAACAUUCAGGAGAAUGGAGAGCCAUACAUGAAGACUGCUUCUAUAUGUCUGACACCGGCGCAAAGAGCCAUGGGGCUUGUAGGAAUGCCUGUAAGUAGAACCUCAAAGCUAUGACUAAUAAUGCCUUUCAUUUUCCGUAACUCAUAUAUAACAAAAUUUAUUUUUGAAAUGAAAACUUAUUUCUUUUUCUGCGCACUUUUUUGUAUGGGUAAAAACAUGUAAACUCGCGUCAGGGUCACGUGAUGCUGAUCGAAAAAGCGAAAGAUGA